AGAAAAAUGUGAUAAUUCAAUCAUGUGAUUAUAUAUAAUGUAUGUAAUAUAUAUGUGAUAUAUGUGUUGUUUAAACAUACAUCAAGUGACCAUGUGAAUCUUAACAGUUAAGGGAGGGGCCCCCGUAGAUUUAAGUUUUUUCGUUGUGACUUCCUAAGACAGGCCACGUAGAUCUACGUUUUUCCAUGAAUUUUUAAUAUGUUGCAUUACAGUUUUCUUUUAUGCACAUUGUUAUUUUUUCAUGAUACCAUCAGUUACAGGUAUAAAUACCGUUAUAAAAUAUUAUAAGAAAUAUAAUUGAUUUAAUAAAACUACAACGCUUUAAAUCCAUACAUUUAUGUUUACCUAUUUAAUUAUCCUGAAAAAAUGCCCGGAAACUAGGAAAGACAGAACAAAUUCGACCCAUCCGUUAAAUAUUCUCUAAUAACGAUCUUUCAUGGUAACAUAUACAUAUAUAUAUAUAUAUAUAUAUAUAUAUUUCCAUAUUUGUAUUAUUAUUAUUAUUAUUAUUAUUAUUAUUAGUUGGCAUCAAGAACUCGAAAAUGUAUUGCCAAAAAACCAAAUCCCGUUAUUGAUCCCAUUCUUGAGCGUGAUCCUUCCAUUUUGCUAUCUGUUUGAGAAAGUGUUUCUGCAUAAUAUAUACAAACCGGUUUAUUACUAUAAAACGAAUUAUAAGAUUCCACAUUUAGUUAGUUCACCUUUUGGUUAGACAGUUGUUAGAACGUCGAAAGUGUGGAAAAGAAAAUCGAUCAGAAGUUUCUCGAGAUAAUGUUACGAAUAAUAAUUAUAUUAUCAUUGUUAUUAGUUAUUUUGAUAUCUGCGGUAAAAAGUGCAACAUUUUUCGAUUUAUUAAGAGAAUAUACAAAUAAGAAUGAACAAGUUAAAACGACGUAUUAUCCUAAAUGGAAGAACUACGAUUUUAUUAUAAUCGGGGCAGGCUCCGGAGGUUCAGUUCUUGCUAAUCGUUUAUCGGAAAAUAAAAAUUGGAAGAUAUUAUUAUUGGAGGCAGGUUAUCCAGAAAAUUUAUUUCAUCAAAUUCCUUUAAUAACUAAUAUAAAUCAAUUAACGGACUAUAAUUGGAAUUACCCAAUGGAACCGCAACAAAAUACUUGUUUUGGAAUGAUUAAUCGGCAAUGUGCCUGGCCACGUGGCAAAGCUCUUGGUGGAACCAGCAUUCUUAAUAAUAUGAUUCUUACACGUGGCCACAAGUUGGAUUUUGAUCACUGGAAAAGCUUAGGCAACGACGGCUGGUCUUACGAAGACGUUUUACCGUAUUAUAUAAAAAGUGAAAAGUUCGACAUUCCUAGUAUCAUUAAUUCAUCGUAUCACGGAAAGGAUGGAUAUUUAUGCGUCGAACAUGUUCCUUUUCAUACCGUACUAUCCACGACAUUUCUUGAAGCUGGAAAGAAACUUGGCUAUGAUAUUAUCGACUACAAUGGCGAACAACGAAUAGGCUUUUCAUAUAUACAAGUCAACAUGGACAAGGGUGCGCGUUGCAGUGCUGCAAAAGCCUAUCUUAAAGUGAAACGACCAAAUUUGGACAUAGUAACUGGCGCAAGAGUAACAAAAGUUCUUAUUGAUGAAAAUCGCCGAGCUUACGGUGUCCAAUAUUUUAAAGAUAACAAGCAAAAACUCAUAUUCAGCACAAAAGAAGUGCUUUUAUCCGCGGGCACGAUCGAUUCUGCUAAACUACUUAUGCUAUCAGGUAUAGGACCAAAGGAACAUCUUCAAGAGUUGGGAAUCAAUGUAAUUCAAGAUUCCAAAGUUGGAUACAACAUGUACGAACACAUUGGUUUCUUGGGUUUAGUCUUCUUGAUAAAUCAACCUGUGUCUGUAGUAGUUCAAAAUAUGCUAAAACCGAGCGUGAUAUUGGAUUAUGUGUUUAAAAGAAGCAACAUCAUCUCUAUUCCUGGAGGUGCCGAAGCUUUGGCAUUCAUCAGAACAAAGUAUGCCUCUUCUGAGAAGCCGGACAUCGAACUACUCUUUACUUCCGCCUCAUUACACUCGGACAAUGGCAAAGGCUUUAGGGUAGGUCAACGAGUUACAGACGAGAUUUAUAAUACAGUUUAUAAACCUAUUGAAAAUAAAGACGCCUGGUCGAUCUGGCCAAUAAUUCAGAGUCCAAAAAGUGUAGGUCGUCUUACAUUAAGAUCGAAAGAUCCCUUCGUGCCACCCAAGAUAGAUCCUAAUUUCUUUUCUCAUCCUGAUGAUGUCGAAAUUCUCCUUGAAGGUAUCAAGCAUGCCAUCAACAUAUCUAAAACAGAACCUUUCCUCGCGUACAAUAGUCAACUACAUAAUAUCAAAAUACCUGGUUGUGAAUCUUACGAGUUUGCAAGCGACUAUUAUUGGCGAUGUGCAAUCAAAUAUUUACCAUCUAUGAUGAAUCACGAAAUUGGAACCGUCAAGAUGGGACCCAAAACAGAUCCCUAUGCUGUAGUUGAUUCACGUUUAAGAGUUUAUGGUGUCAAAAAUCUCAGAGUGGUUGAUGCCUCUAUUAUGCCCACUAUACCGAUUGGCCAUGCAAACGCAGUUAUCUUCAUGAUCGGUGAAAAAGCUGCUGAUAUGAUCAAACAAGACUGGCAAAUACAACCUCCACAAAAGAAAACUAAUUCAUUUAACUAGUAGAAAUUAUAAACUAGGAGCAAAUACGAUGCCGAGGUAUGAUUGCAUUGGAUCACGUGCGCUCAUCGUGUAAUUGUUCUUCAUUUAUGACCUAUUGUGUCCUUGUGAUCACGCGAGGACGAUCGAAUGCGUAAUACAAGAUUGAUAAAUAAGAGAUGAGUUAUAUACCAUAUAUAUAUGUAUAUACUAUAUCCAGUAAAAUGCAAUAUGACUAUCCAACGUCAUUGGCAAUCCCCACAAUGUGAUAAUUCACAUAAUUGAUUUGUCGAGUGUUUUAUCCACAAUAACAGGAACCACGAAGUAGACAAGAAAAUCAUUUAUUUCUUUUAUCCAUUAUA